AUGGUUCUGGAGUUCAUCGUCAGCAUAGACGAGAUCCCCCCGAACUAUGAUGACAUUGUCGUUAGUCCAGAUGACAUACGUAAGCUCGAAAACGUAACCCGCAUGUGUCUCAAGAGACCAAAGGCUUUUAGCUACGGCUUGCUUGAAAGAAAUCGGGCCACGGGGGCCAUUCCCCACGGCCCUCCGGGGACUGGGAAGUCGUCGUUGGCGAAAGGGCUGGCUCGACAGCUCGAGUUCAACAUGCUCUCUAUCUCGACCGCCGAUCUCUGGCAGAAGUACUGGGGCGUGAGUGAAAAGGUCAUCAAGGCAGUAUUCUCCAUGGCGCGGAAGCUCAAACCGCAUAUCCGCGGCAUGGUUAACCAAUUUCUCCUGGAAUGGGACGGGCUCGUGACCGGAAAGCAUUCGCCUUUUAUCCUGCUUGCGACAAACCGGCCUUUUGAUUUGGAUCCGGCCGUCCGCCGCCGGGCGCCGAUUCAGGUCCUUCUCGACGUUCCGGUAUACUCUGAGCUUGUGAGGUGCAUGCAUCGGUACACCAGCUCCGACCUUGAGAACUUGUGCGUUCAAGCGGCCGUAACUUGCGUGGCGGAGCAGGAAGAGGAUCAGGAGACGCGUGUGCUGUGUUGGAGGCACUUUAGCAGCGCCAUGGAAACGGUUAAGCCCACGACCCUGAGCAGCGAGAUGCGGGACGAGCUCUAG